UAAAGGUUCGGGUUAACGAACAAAUUAGAGUAAACUAUACAAGUGAAACUAAACUUGAAGACAUUGACGAAAAUGAUCUCGACCGAUCAACCCCUACCAUGGUGUUUUCUGUUAUUGGAGACUCGGACAAUCUUGUCCCCAGACCCUGGCCAAAGACAGUUUUCCAGACGGCUUUAAUCGAAGCAGCAAAAAGUGGGGGAGAAACAUGGAUACUGUAUCGCGGUAAGGAGCAGGGGUUGUCGAAAGUCGUCAGGGAGGCUUACAAAAACUAUGAAGAAAUGGAAUUCAAAACAAAGUUAGAGGACAAGAAGAUAAAUAAUGAGGACAGGCACAUCAAACUCAUCAAAAUUGCAGGACUUAAGACUAACGAAAGCCUGAGAGAUGAUGCAAACACUCCAUUAACAGUAGAGAAAGUACUAUUAAAAAACGAUUAUAAAACCACAGAAGGGGAAGGUGACACAUUUUUGUUGAACUUCGAGAAAUUUGUUUCUGAACAGAAAGUUGCAUUCUUCAGUCAGAAAAUGGACGCCAGUAAGUAA